CGCGGGGAGGUGCGCUGUGCCCCGGCCAGCCUGGGCAUGGGGACCCCGCGCCCCUUCCACGCCCCUCAGCCGCUCCUCUGCCUGCUCCAACUCCUCCCAGCGCUGCUCACGGCAGCUGGGCCGAGCCAGGUGUCCCGAGAGCAGCUGGUGUGGGCUGUGCUGGAGCAGUUCUGUUCGGCUGCCACCACCCUCGCAGACCUCCCAGGUCCCAUCUCCUGCAACACCACCUGGGACCAAAUCGGGACGUGCUGGCCCCGGAGCGCGGCGGGCGCCCUGGUGGAGAGGCCGUGCCCCGAGUAUUUCAACGGCGUCCAGUACAACACGACAGGGAACGCCUACCGGCAGUGCUGGGAGAAUGGGACGUGGGCCUCAAGGAUCAACUACUCGGAGUGCGUGCCCAUUCUGCAUGACACGCAGAGGAAAUAUGAGCAGCACUACCGCAUUGCCCUGGUGAUCAACUACCUGGGGCACUGUGUCUCCAUGGCCGCGCUCGUGGCCGCCUUCCUGCUCUUCCUGGCCCUGCGGAGUAUCCGCUGCCUGAGGAACGUGAUUCACUGGAACCUCGUCACCACCUUCAUCCUGCGCAACGUCCUGUGGUUCCUGCUGCAGCUCAUCGACCACGAAGUGCAUGAGAGCAACGAGGUCUGGUGCCGCUGCAUCACCACCGUCUUCAACUACUUCGUGGUCACCAACUUCUUCUGGAUGUUCGUGGAAGGCUGCUACCUGCACACGGCCAUCGCCAUGGCCUACUCCACAGAACGCCUGCGCCCCUGGCUCUUCCUCUUCAUCGGCUGGUGCAUCCCGUGCCCCAUCAUCAUGGCCUGGGCCCUGGGCAAACUCUACUAUGAGGACAAACAGUGCUGGUUCGGCAAGGAGCCAGGGGACCUCGUGGACUUCAUCUACCAGGGCCCCAUCAUCCUGGUUCUCCUGAUCAACUUCGUGUUCCUGUUCAACAUUGUCAGGAUCCUGAUGACCAAGCUGCAGGCGUCCACCACGUCGGAGACGGUCCAAUACAGGAAGGCGGUGAAGGCCACACUGGUCCUGCUGCCCCUGCUGGGCAGCACCUACAUGCUGUUCUUCGUCAACCCCGGGGACGAUGGCCUGGCCCACAUCGUCUUCAUCUACUUCAACUCCUUCCUGCAGUCCUUCCAGGGCUUCUUUGUGUCUGUCUUCUACUGCUUCUUCAAUGGAGAGGUGCGCUCAGCCGUGCGGAAGAAGUGGCACCGCUGGCAAGACCACCACUCGCUGCGGGUACCCGUGGCCCGGGCCAUGUCCAUCCCCACCUCGCCCACGAGGGUCAGCUUCCACAGCAUCAAGCAGACGGCGGUUGUGUGACUC